GACCAUCGCUAAUUGUGAACGCUAUCCCACCCCAUGGACCAAUGGGAAGCUCGGUGGUAGCCUCCCAACACCCCAUGAGGACUCAUAUGCAGGCUUGAAACUCAGCAACCGGAGGAGUGGGAGAUUGUUGAAAAAAACGAUCACACGGGGCCGGAAAUGGCGGAGCGUGAUUGAUUCUCCGAGAAUCAUGUACGCAAACGGUCGCUCGUCAUUAGAGAUUGAAUAAUGACGUCAGUUUUUACACUUGAGCACGUGGGAAUAGGACGCCAACUUCAUUCGGUAUCGUUGAUUUUCCGCGAAAUGUGACUCCUCCAGGUGAUCGAGAUUUUCACAGAUAAAUUGUCAGUGAGUGCAGUGCAUUCCCAGCGGUGACACACACACGAGCAAACAAGGCGUUUUCUCUCAUCCGCUGUUCACUUUCAAUGGUGAAGCUGUUAAAGGGGGAAUUAACGUUCAAUUGUCCCCGAAAUCAUCCCCUGGGGUGAGGAAAAAUGAGCGAGGAGGGAUCAAGAACUAGUGCAAGUGUCACUCCCAACUCGUGGACAACAGAAUUUCUUAUUGUUACGAGUUUAACGACCGCCCUCAUGUAGCGAAAGUGAAUCCAGUCCUAGUGCAUUCACUAUUGUCGUUCGAGGAACUCGUGUGGGAUAAAACGACAUGUGCAAGUGUUUCAAUUAAUACGUCUUCAUUAAAAUGAGUGAGAGCACGUUGUUGUUCCUCACCUCAACGACAAAUCUCAAUUUGUAUCGAAUUCCAAAUGCCCAUAAUGAGAGAUGAACUUUUUUAUUCGGCAAUGAGAGAUCGAUGUCAUCAACAACGUGAUUAAUUUUUCCAGUGACCUAUUGAUUCAAGGACAUUAGUGCAAGUGUUUCAAUUAAUAGAUCUUCACUAACUCCCUGCGAAAAGGUUGAUGUGGGUGUCAACGACAAAUUCUGAAGGAUUAAUUUACAGUGAACGAGAAAUUUUGUGAGUUGUGGAGGCAGUUGACUAGAGAAUAACAGGUGUUCAUCACAAGCGAACAAACUCACAGCAAAAGUCCAAUAUGAGAGAUGAAUUUGGCUCUCAUGAAAUUAAUAUUCUAAUCGUUCCACUCUCAUUAAAAAAGUCUAACAGUGCAGUGUCUCCUCCCCGCCAUGAAAAAAGUCAGAUAAACCAGUAAACAUAUCGCAAAAAAUCCAAGCCUCCAAAAACCAUGGACGAGUGCAUGUUGAACGACCUUCUGGAGUGUUCAGUAUGUCUGGAACGACUGGACACAUCCAGCAAGGUCCUCCCCUGCCAGCACACCUUCUGCAAGAAGUGUCUGGAGGAGAUAGUGAGCACACACCGUGAGUUGAGAUGUCCAGAGUGUCGAGUCCUCGUAGACGUGAAGGUGGACGACCUUCCUCCCAACGUCCUCCUGAUGAGGAUUCUGGAGGGUAUGAGAAACGCCACACCCAAGAGUGUCAAGCCCCAAACCCGGGCCCUCAGUACCCCUCAGCGUCUAUUCGGUGGUCACCAGGUAACCCCAUCACCCGCCCCAACAAAUCCAUCGCCAAUAGUCCUGGCAGUUGAUCCAGCACGCCACGCAAAUGCCUCAGCCAAGCAGGUACACCUGCACAAUCAGCCUUACGGCCGUGCCAUCUACGAUUACAUCUCCAAGGUUCCGGGUGAUUUGAGCUUGAAAAAGGGUGAUAUCGUUGUACUACGAAAGAAAAUCGACAACAACUGGUACUACGGUGGGUGUGGAGCCAAUCAUGGUGUAUUUCCCCUGUCUUACGUACAGGUUAUGACACCCCUGCCACCCCACGUGCCCCAGUGCAAGGCCCUCUACGAUUUCCGGAUGACAAACGACGAGGAGGACGGUUGCCUGACCUUCAACAAGGGCGAAGUAAUAAGUGUAAUAAGACGAGUAGAUGAGAACUGGGCUGAGGGAAAACUUCUCGACAGAAUAGGAAUAUUUCCCCUGGCAUUUGUCGAGCUCAAUAGCGUGGCACGAGCCCUCAUGAAGCUCUCGACGAACGUCCAACCAGGACCAUCACGUGUUGCUCCACCCACUCCAACCAACGAGGAGACAACACCACUCAUACCCACUGAUCAUACCAGAAAUCUUCAGACACAGACUCAGAAUAACGCCAGUGCUCCAGUCACUGGAGCCCUGGCUGUUUCGGACUCCAGUUCGACGGUGUCAUCUGGCAGUUCCACCACAACCACUCCCAACACUCCCAACAGCUCGAGCACAUCCAGCAGCUCCAGCACAGCCCCCAGCAGUCCCAUAAGUCCUGCAACUUCACCACCAGCUGUUGGCAGUCGUCACACUGCCAAGAGGCACAGCUUCACCGCUGUCAACACCGGCCAUCAUCAGCAUCCCCAUCAUCGACACUCAGCUGAAAUACUCAGCCCACCUGACGCCAAUGGAAGUAAUUCGGGGGGCAGUGAUGCUUUCUCCACGGUUACAGCAUCUUCUGGUCCUGAACAUAAUAUUAGACAUCGGCGCAGUGGCAGCAGUGAUCUUGUCCUUGCUCAGCCUUCCUCCAGCCUUACAGUCUCCAGCAGCAAUCUGCCAGCUGCCUAUAUCGCUCUCUAUCCGUACAAACCACAGAAGGGGGAUGAACUUGAGCUUAGAAAGGGGGGCAUCUACAUGGUGACUGAGAGGUGCCAGGAUGGCUGGUUCAAGGGCACCUCCAACAGGACUCAGAAGUGUGGGGUUUUUCCGGGGAAUUAUGUGGCACCUGCCAAGUGCCAGAGGGGAAUUUGCAGGGUCACUCCCACGAGUACUCAUCAGACUACUACUUUGACCAAUGUCCAGGGGGUGGGGGAUAAUAGGGGCACUGUCAGUUAUACCAAGGGUAAGGGGACGCAGCAGGGGUACAGUCCUAGGUCAUUGCCACCACCGGAAUUGCCGCCCAGAGCAGUUAGCCCAGCACCAGCGGUCUCCGCUUCUUGGCAUGGACAGGCGCAGGGACAGAGCCCACCGAGACACGGGGAACAGGGGAAUCCACUGGGGAGGAGCCACAGUGCUGUUAUGAGUUCUAGUAUUGCUUCUCCAGGGAAAACGAUGCUGUCACCCCCGUCGACAGCUACUUCCCCGGCAGCAACGACAUCCUCCGAUAUCAAUCGAAGUCCCUCGAAUACACUGAGGAUCACUGGGGGCAUCACACCACCACCGAAUACCUCUGUCGCAGCUGCAUCGACAAAGACCAAUGAAAAAGUAAAGACUAAGGAGAAGAAGGAGAAGGGCGUAUCCCUCAUGAGGAGGCUGACGAAUAUCAAGAAAUCAAAGUCUCCACCACCAGCUACAUACUCCAUGGACAAUCCAGUCUUCGAUGAUGGAAAUUUUAUCACCUCUUUGGACACUGUUCACGUCCGUUCGGGAUCCUGCCCAAGUCAAUUGCUCCAGGUGGCACCCAAUCAGGAUGGAGUCUCCCCGAAUCACUUGCGAGUGUAUCCAGGAACGGUUCAGGGGAGUGCCACAGCAUCACAAAGAGUUAAGCACAAGGAACGGCCGUCAUUGCCGAUUUCCUUUGUUCAGAGAUCAGGGGAGGCUGGUUGUGCUGUUGCUGUCUCGGGGAAUCAUCAUCGAAAGAGCAAUUCACUGGAUGCUGGCAUGGGAAAGCAGAGUAAACAGCAGACAACUACUCGUGAUAGAGAACGAGUGAUUCGUUUUCGUUGCAUCGUCCCGUACCCACCAAACAGUGAAUUCGAGCUGGAAUUGCGUGUCGGUGAUGUAAUAUAUGUUCACAAAAAACGUGACGACGGCUGGUACAAAGGAACCCAACAGCGUACAGGACGCACCGGUCUCUUUCCAGCGAGUUUUGUCGAGCCUUUCUGAGAUACGACAAAUGCCCGUCUCGUUCUAGAGACUUGCAUAUGAAGGAAAAUUCGUGGAUGAGAUGUUAAACAUUUAUGUGACAUUCGAUGUAAGGAAAUUUGAGUGAGUAGUCUGUCGACUGAGUCAAGUGCCGAAAGUAUAGUAGGGGAUAUUAAUAACUGCCAUGGCUGAUGAAUGAACAAAUUAUAGUAAAGUAGGCAUACACUCGUUUGCCGAAUUUUUGUGCAAUUUUAAUUACUGCCACUGGUGAUCAUUAGGGGAAUUAUCGUGGAUCUGAGGAUUGAUUGAUCUUCUUUUUAAACUUAGACUCGAUAAAUAUCAACUAUAAUAUUGUCGAGUCAAGUUUUAUGUGAGGUCACGUGUCUUUUUAACUGGGCGAUAUUUUGAUGAGGACAUAUCAAUUAUUUGUGUCCCUAGAUUAUUUUUUAAUUGUCCAAUAUUUUUUUAUAUUCAUUUGUUUACGAAUAAUUUGGUCUCUGGAGAUCUCCAUAAGUUAUUGCGACUUCGUUUGACCAAUUUGUUAAUAUUCCAUCGAUUAGAUCAAUUAAGUUUUCUUUAUUUUGAAUUUUCUGUGGAUUUUAGUGACACAAGGACGUGACUUCAUCAGUUGAAUUGUUACAGUCGACGUAUUAUCAAUUGAAAUAUCGCCUAGUCAAGAAGAUAUGAAUUAGUUUUAUAUUUAAUCAAUAAUAAUUAGGAAAAAUUGUGUCUUUGUCUUGUGGUUAUCAUUGGAAAUUAAUAAGACUAACUUGAUUGAGACUUAUGAAAAUGCCAUUUUUGUACAGUUGUAUUCAGGCAGUUGUAUUGCAUGAACAUUGCCGAAUUUUUAGUAUUUUCUAUUGAUUUUUCUACGAAUUUUGGUUAUUACCAUUUUUAGAGACGACUGAUUAUGACAGGGAAAAUUUGAAACAAGUUCUUUAUUUCAAAAUUUUAUUAAUGAAAAGAACUCUUUUACUGAAUUAUUUAGCCAAAAACAUUCAUUCGUCUCAUGGAAAUGUCAUUUAAUUAUUUCCAGGGAUUUUAAAAAUAUUUUUAAACAUUUUUAUCGCUGUCCAUAAGUUAUCACGCAGUUUUUAGCUGUUUUAAGACUCUUUUUACAUUUUUAUUUUGUCAGUCUCUUCGUUGUGGAUUUUUAAAUCGGUUUUUAGGGCCCUUGUGGCAAAGUUCAAUGGACGAUACAGUAUUCGAUCCCUUUAUUGUUUACUUACAGAGCAACAGAUUAAGGUAUUUAUGGCGCGGUUAGAAAGAAUUUUAAUAGGGCAGGAAAUUUAUAAAUUUUUGUAAAUACAUUCGUUGAAGGUUUUCAGCCUAAUGUGGGAAAUUUACGGUAGUCUAGCAGAAUAGUAACUAUGAAAAUAAUUUCUAAAGUUUCCACAUAUGCACAAGCUUGAAUGACGGGGCGGUAAUUUUAGGAUUUUUCCUACACUGCAAACGAUCGAUAAUACCGAGUACUUGUUUUUAUCUUUUCUGAUUACACCGUAAAUACUUUAAUACUGCAAACGUCCUUGUAAUGAACACUCAAUUUGCCAAUGCACAUAUUAACGAUAAAGCAUAUCCAAUAGCUGAAAUACUCUUGAGUGAAUCAAGUGAAUAAUUUGAACGAUUAUUUU